AGCGCCCUCUGCUGUUAUUGCCCUGCUCUGUUCGGUGACGUCACAUCAUGGCGCGAUACAUACUGUCUCAAAAAUGUAUCUUUCGGUUCAGUCGAGGAUUUAACAACAGCCAGCGGCUCAGAGCAUCUACAAACUUCUCGAACACAAGUGUGAUACACGAUAGACAGAAUCAGCGUUUCACAGUGACUCUUGACUGCGGCGGAGCAGUGAGCAGUGCAGUCCUGAAAUACUCUCUCAGUGAGGAUCAGCAGGUGGAGCUGAUCUCUACAGAGGUUCCUGAAUCACACAGGGGUAAAGGUGCAGCAGCACAUCUGGCAAAGGCUGCUCUGGAUUUUGUUGUUGAAGAAAAUUUGACAGCGAGGAUAUCCUGUUGGUACAUUAGAAAAUAUGUAGAUGAAAAUCCACAUCUUGGAUACCAGGCUUAUAUUGAAGAUGAAUAAAGACAUAAUUAAACAAUGUCUUA